ACGGCGCUCAGGCAGGUGGGGCGGCGCAAGGGUCCCGCGGAGCGUGGGGAGGAGCGACGGCAAGGGCUCGAGCUUGCCGCGUGCUGCUGCGUACCAGGCCCCACGUAAGCCUGUCGCGUCGUCUUCGGCCCUCCCUACAGUCUUUUAAUACUGCAUUCCUUCAUACGAAACAGAGAGGUUCGAUGACUUGUUUUGGGUAGUUCAGCUCCGUAAUGCAGAUGCCCAGCUCGAGCCUUUUAAUUUUCCUGUUAACACUGUACUAAGGAUUAAUUUCGGCCACCAAGCAAGAGUCCGAUUUACCUGGGUUGGAGAGAAGGGCACUGUUUUCACGUGGGGAUGCUGGCUGUGGCCCCACAGCGCCUCCUUUUCGCGUGGGGAUGUCUGCGGUGGUGCCGCCUGGUAGCUUUCGGUGGCGCUAGUAGUCGGCCUCUGAUUCUGCGAUGAAGGGAAUGGAGCCUUAACUCACUUCUGUACGUAAAGAAUUCUGCUGCUAAAAGAAUUCAAGCACGUCUAAAAGGCAGGAAGGAAUCUCCUUCUGAUGGCUCAAGUACUCCUGGAUCACAGAGCACUAGGAAACAAACUCCUAAAACUGGAAAGAGGAAGAGCAGAACUACAGGCUCGUUACCAGAAAUGAACACAACACCUACUGAUGGAGAGACCUCUGAAGCAGAGUCAAGUUAUUCUUCUGUGUCUGAGCUGCAGGAUACCAUUGUAAGAGUAACUAGGAGAAGGCAAAUUGUAGUUGCAUGCACCCCAGUGCCCAGUGUCAGGAAAAGGCUGAAAAGAACUCCAAUAAAUGAGUCUCAUACUGAAGAAUUGUCUGAAGCAGAAUCGCAUGUUUCAGGUAUUUCUAGAAUUAUGUCUCCUACAGUAAUAACUACAAGAACCAGAAGAAGUAAAGCUAAAUCCCAAACAGAUCCAAGCCAAGAAUCACAUGCAGAAGCUAUUUCUGAUGCUGAGUCAUCAUGCUCAGAUAUUUCUGCAUUUUCCAGAAUUGCAGUUAGGAGAACAACAAGGAGUAUGCAGAGGAAAUUACAAGCACAAAUGGAGGAGACAGAUACUAAGAUUAUACCAGAAAAUGAAAAGCAAGUGAUAAGUACACCUACAGAUUCAGAGGAUUCAGCUACCAGACAAACUUCAUCUCAUUUACAAGCAAGAUCUCUUUCUCAGAUAAACAAGCCAGAUUUCUCUAAUAGUGACAUGGAUAAUGACUUGGAUAACGAUUCCUUCCCUGGAAAUUCAGAAAAAAAAAUAACAAUGCAAAAUGGCCAAUGUUUUAAUAUACAAGAAGAAAAACAGGCCAGUGUUGUACCUCUCGAAGAAAUAAAGCAGAAUUGUAAGAGUUCAGAUGAGGAAGCUGAAGGGAUGAUAGAGGAGGGGAAAGAAAUUAAUGAGAAAAAUUCUGAGUUGAGUCUUUCUGAACUUCAGGACACUGACCUUCAGCAGUUAGUUUCUCAAAGGCAUUCAACACCCCAGAAUAACAAAAUUACAUCAAAGCCCUCAAAUCUGAACUGUGAGGCUGUAAUAAAAUCAUUAGAUCAAACAUUUGCAGUUGUGGAACUAGACAGGUGGACUGAAGAGAGAAAGAGCACCAUAAAAACAAGUGACCUGACAAUUAGUGAUGGGGGUGGUGAUGAAGAGUGCACAGCUCUAGCUGUCGGUGACGACAUGAACAAAGAAAGGGAUGUAGAUUUUGAGUGUGAUACCAAACUAGACAAGUCUCAGCUUAACACAGCUCAAGAUAAAGGUGAUUCCGUUUUAUUACUUCUCAGCAGUGAUGAAAGCCAGCAGUCUGAAAACAGUGAGAAUGAAGAGGACACUGUGUGUUUUGCUGAAGAUAGCAAUCAAAAGGAGUCAUUAAAUGGAGACUCAGAAAAUACGUUAUGUGACAAUGCAUUGUUUGUAAUUGACACAACUCCUGGAUUGAGUGCUGAUAAAAAUUUUUACUUGGAUGAGGAAGACAAGUCAAGUGAAGUUGCCACAGAGGAAGAAGACGAGGAGGAGGAAGAGGAUGAAACAAGUGAAGAAGAACCAUCAGACCAUGAGAAAAAUAAAGAUGAUGAAGAAUUUAGUGAUGAAGAUGACUUACUAAAUGGCACAAAGUCUAAACUUCUAAAGUUGACAAGCAGCAGCAUAGACCCUGGUCUGAGUAUCAAGCAAUUGGGUGGUUUGUAUAUUAAUUUUAAUGCAGACAAACUACAGUCAAACAAAACCCUAACACAGAUCAAGGAGAAAAAGAAAAAUGAGAUGCUGCAGAAAUCCGUCAUUACUCCUGAUUUUGAAAAAAACUACUGUGUCCCACCAUAUAGAGAAUCAAAAUAUCAACUUCAAAAAAAACGCAGAAAAGAGCGACAAAAAACAGCAGGUGAUGGCUGGUUUGGUAUGAAAGCUCCAGAGUUGACAGAUGAACUAAAAAAUGACCUCAAAGUACUGAAGAUGAGAGCUGGCAUGGACCCAAAAAGGUUUUACAAGAAAAAUGAUAGGGAUGGCUUCCCUAAGUACUUCCAGAUUGGAACCAUUGUUGACAAUCCAGCUGACUUCUACCAUUCACGAAUUCCCAAGAAACAAAGGAAGAAAACUAUUGUGGAAGAACUACUGGCUGAUUCUGAGUUCAGAAGAUAUAACCGAAAGAAGUACUCAGAGAUCAUGGCUGAAAAAGCAGCAAAUGCAGCAGGAAAGAAGUUUCGAAAGAAGAAGAAAUUUCGCAAUUAAAAUUCACCAAGCAAGUCACAGUAUUUUACAUCCCCCCUUUAUUUAUUUACUAAAGAUAUUUUUGAAAACACCAUCACAUAAAUUAACAUUACUGGUCCCAUUUAUAUAUAGGGACUUCAGUUUAGAAAAAGUUGAUUUGAAAGAGAAUCAAUCACUUGCCCCUUACAAUAAAAAUAGGUGUGUCUACAAAAGACCCACCCAUGCUUAGACCCUUUAAGGAAAGAAAAGGGAAAGAACCUUAACCAAUUUAAGAUAAUUAACAUUUUUGUAAAGUUUUCAAUGCUUAGUAUUUAAAUAAAAUUGAAUUAAACAUUUAGAAAGUGUAAGGUUUGCUAAUAUUCAAAAAACUUUAACAUAAUAUGAUCAAAGAUAACUAUGACAAUAUUGUAAUUAUUUUAAUUAAG